AUGCCUCCCGGACCAGCCUGGGACUAUAUCCUUAAAUUCAUCAUCAUUGGGGACGCGUCUGUCGGCAAAUCUUCCCUGCUUGUACGUUUCACAGAAGACCGUUUUUUGGUCGAGUCUGAUGCUACCAUCGGCAUCGAAUUUGGAUCGCAUAUCGUGACGCUUGAUUCCGGUGAACGACUCAAACUGCAGAUCUGGGACACAGCAGGCAGUGAACAGUUUCGGAGUAUCACACGCUCCUAUUAUAAGGGGGCUGCCGGGUGUUUAUUGGUGUACGAUGUGACCGAGCAUGAUACAUUUGAGCAUUUGCCCAGCUGGCUCGAAGACGUUCGCGAGCAAGCCGAAGAAAACGCCAGCAUUGCCUUGGUGGGAAAUAUGGCCGAUCGCCCUAGUACACAACGUACUGUAUCAGAAGAGGAAGGCAGAGCGUUUGCUCAACAGCAUAACUUGUUAUUUUUCGAGACAAGUGCUAAGACUGGCCAGAAUGUGGCUGAAGUAUUCGCAUCUAUCGCAAAAGAUAUCUUUGAACGAUACAAAAUGAACCCUCCAGAAUCGAGACAGACGGCUAGCCAUGUUGAGAGUGUCCAUCUUGACGCCUCGACUGCGCGAUUCGGAGCAUCAUGCUGCACGUAA